AUGGAGUGGUGGGGGGUGGCGCUGGUGGACGCCGCGGAGCGCCGCAUGUGCGUGUGCGAGUUCCCGGACGACGACCACUUCUCGAGCCUGGAGGCGCUGGUGGUGCAGACGGGCCCCAAGGAGUGCCUGCUGCCCAGCUCAGAGUCCAGCCAGGAGUACGCCGCCGUGAAGAAGGUGGUGGAGAGGAGCAGCGUGCUGGUGACGCCGCGCAAGAAGGCAGAGUUCGGGGUGGACAGCCUGUUCCAAGACCUGAACCGGCUGAUAGCGUUCAAGAAGGGCCAGCAGGAGAACUCCAUGGCGCUGCCGGAGACCACGCUCGGCGUGGCCGUCUGCUCGCUCGCCGCCCUCAUCAAGUACUUGGAGCUGGUCAGCGACGCCUCCAGCCUGGGGCAGUACAGCCUGUCCGUGCUGGACUGGUCGCGCUACGUGCACAUGGACGCGGCCGCGGUGCGCGCCCUGAGCCUGCUGCCCCCGCCCGGCGCCACGGCCGCCAACGCCCACCACAGCCUGCUGGGUCUGCUGGACCGCUGCCGCACGCCCCAGGGACACAGGCUGCUGGCGCAGUGGCUGAAGCAGCCACUGAGGGACGCGAACGCGGUGCGGGAGCGCCAGGACGUGGUCGGCGCGCUGCUGGCGGGCGUGGAGCUGCGCCAGGCGCUGUCCCAGGAGCACCUGCGCCGCGUGCCGGACUUCCAGGCGCUGGCACGGCGCCUGCUGCGCGGGAAGGCCUCCAUGCAGGACCUGUACCGGAUCUACCAGGCGGUGAAGCGGCUGCCGGCCCUCGUGGAGGCGGUGGGCGCCCCCGGCCAGGACGCCACCCUGCGGGCCGUGUGCGCCGAGCCCCUACGAGACCUGCUGCGCGACAUGGCCAAGUUCCAGGACAUGGUGGAGUCCACGCUCGACCUGGAGCUGGUGGACCGGGGCGAGUUCCUGGUGAAGGCCUCCUUCGACGAGGACCUGCAAGAAAUGCGCUCCAACAUGGACUCCCUGGAGGAGCGCAUCCGGCAGCAGCACGUCAGAGUGGCGGCGGAGCUGGCGAUGGAGCCGGGCAAGACCUUGAAGCUGGAGUCCAGCAGCCAGCUGGGGUACUUCCUCCGCGUCACGCUCAAGGAGGAGCGAGCCAUCCGGGGCAACAAGGCGUUCCAGACCAUCGACACCAACAAGAGCGGGGUGCGGUUCCGCACGCCCGCCCUCUCGGAGCUCAACGCCGAGUACCUGUCGGUCCGGGCUCGGUACGCCGAGCAGCAGAAGGCCAUCGUGUCGGAGAUCACGACCAUCGCCGCGGGCUACGUGGGCACGCUGCAGCAGCUGAACGGCACGCUGGCGCAGCUCGACGUGCUGACGAGCUUCGCGGAGGCCGCGGCGAGCGCUCCCAAGCCGUACGUGCGGCCGGAGCUGGUUGAGGACGGCGCCCCGCGCGUGAUGAGCUUCAAGCAGCUGCGCCACCCGUGCCUCGAGGUGCAGGAGGGCGUGUCCUUCAUCGCCAACGACGUGCACUUCCAGGAAGGGGAGCGGGUGUUCUCCGUCAUCACGGGCCCCAACAUGGGCGGCAAGAGCACGUACAUCCGCUCGGUGGGGUGCGCCGCGCUGCUGGCGCAGGUGGGCAGCUUCGUGCCGUGCGACGAGGCGCGCCUGAGCCUGGUGGACGCCGUGCUGGCGCGCGUGGGCGCGGAUGACUGCCAGCUGCGCGGCAUGUCCACCUUCAUGAUGGAGAUGGUGGAGACCGCGGCCAUCCUCAGGAUGGCGACCAGCAACUCGCUGGUGAUCAUUGACGAACUGGGGCGCGGCACUUCGACGUUCGAGGGCUGCGGUCUCGCCUGGGCCAUCGCAGAGCACCUGGCCAAGGAGGUGAAGGCGUUCUGCCUGUUCGCCACGCACUUCCACGAGCUGACGGAGCUGGCGAGCUGCGUGCCGGCGGUGGUGAACCAGCACGUGAGCGCCAUCACUGCGUGCGACACGCUCACCCUGCUGUACCGCGUGCUGCCCGGCGCCUGCGACCAGAGCUUCGGCGUGUUCGUGGCGCGCACCGCCCGGUUCCCGCCCGAGGUGGUCGAGAUGGCAAAGAAGAAGCAAGCAGAAUUGGAGUUUCAUGAAAAUUUUGAUUUUAAUGGAACUGUGGAGGAGAGGAAGAAAAUCAUAGAGGAGGGGGAGCGGGUCAUCCGGGAGUUCCUGGACGCCUGCAGGCGGCUCCAGGGCGCUCCAGAGGACCAGGUGUCGUCCGGGCUGGCGGAGCUCAGGGCCGGCGUGGCGGCCAGCGAGAACCCGUACGUCCGAGCGCUGUUGGCGGCCCACAGCGAGGAGCGCGUUCCCGAAGCCUCCGCCUGAGGAGUUCCUGCUCACCACGUCUUUUAUACCUCACCUGUUACCUGUUCACCACGUCUUGCCGUCUUGAGCAUUUUUUAUACCUCACCUGUUACCUGUUCACCACGUCAUGUUGUCUUGAGCAUUUUUUUAUACGUAACCUGUUACAGUAAUAAAUGUAUAUUUUUUUUCUUA